AUGUCGAAAAUCAACAACCUUGAGUUUGCUGCCCUCAAUCUCUCCGGAGAUAAUUACCUCCAAUGGGCACUUGAUACCAAAAUUCUCUUGAGGUCUAAAAAUCUUGGUGAUACUAUCACUGAAGACACUGAACCAUCGGUUAAGAAUAAAUACCAGGCCAUUGUGAUCAUUCGCCAUCAUCUGGCUGAAGGUCUUAAAGACCAGUACCUCACUAUUGAGGAUCCUCUGGAACUUUGGACAGAGUUGAAAAACAGAUAUGAUCAUCAGAAAACUGUGAUCCUGCCAAAGGCCCUAUAUGAUUGGAGGAACCUAAGAAUCCAAGACUAUAAGUCUGUGGAAGAGUACAACUCGGUUAUGUUCAAGAUAGCCUCCAAGUUGAAAUUGUGUGGGGAGACCGUCACUGAUGCUGAUAUGCUGGAGAAAACAUUUUCCACAUUCCACACCAACAAUAUGUUGCUUCAGCAACAUGAGCUAAGGCCACCUGGUACUAAAGCAUUGCCUGAGGCACAUGCGGCCAUAGAGCCAAAAGAUGAGACUCCAAGAGAGUCAUACGGCGGUCGCAUGAGAGGCCGUGGAAGAUGGCAAGGAAGUAACCGUGGAACUCCCCAACAUCUUGUUAAACUCUACAAGGAGAGCAUAAAGGGAAAAGACCCUGUGGCAAAUUGGGUCCAUCAUGAUGAUGAGAAUGAUCUAGACCAUGAGAAUGAUCAAGCCGAUUAUGAGACUUCGGAUCUCCUUAAAAGUGGCUGA